CCGGAUCUCCCAGCCGCCCGCAGAGGCGCGUCAGGAGCCGCCGGGCUCUCGCCUGCCCACCUGGGGGGGCCGGGAGCGGCAGGGACACCCCCCACUCCGCCUCGUCUUUCUCUCCUCCCCUCCGCCGCCUCCUCCGUCCCUCUCUGCCCGCCUGCCUGGGAUGGUGGAGGGAGUCCGGAGCACCCGGCAGGGCGGCCCUGGGCGACGGGGGCGGCUCGCCACGGCCACGGUGCGGGGCGCGGCCGCGGGGGGCUCCGCCGUCCCGGGGUCCGGCAGCCCCCGCCGCCACUGCCGGUGAUGGCCAAGGAUGUCCUCGGAGGGGGAAGCCGAGGCGGCUGCUGAGAGCGGGCCGGGAAGCACCCCCGCCCCGGGGCCCGCCGCCGCCGUGCGGGAGGAGCAACGCCCCGUGAAACAGUCCCUGAGUGCUUGCAUGUGCCGAGAAUCCCACUGGAAAUGCCUCCUCCUCUCCAUCCUCAUGUACGGCUGCCUGGGUGCAGUGGCCUGGUGUCAGCUGGCCCGAGUCACCAAGCUCAGCUUCGAUAGCUCCUUCAAGGGCAAGUCCAUGAUCUACCAUGACAGCCCAUGCUCAGAUGGCUAUGUCUAUAUCCCACUGGCCUUCCUCUCUAUGCUGUAUGUGGUGUACCUGGUGGAGUGCUGGCACUGCCACGUCAAGAGAGAGCUGCAGUACAAGGCAGAUGUGGACAGUGUCUAUGAAUGCAUCAACCGCAUGCAGCAAGCCACUCCGUGCAUUUGGUGGAAGGCCAUCAGCUACCACUUUGUACGGCGAACCCGGCAGGUGACCCGGUACCGCAAUGGCGAUGCCUACACCACCACACAGGUCUACCAUGAGAGGGUCAACACACACGUGGCUGAAGCUGAAUUUGACUACUCUCACUGUGGAUACAAGGACAUCUCCAAGGAGCUCCUGGGCUUGGAGAGUCAUACAGCCACCAAGCUGAGGUUCACCAAGUGCUUCAGCUUUGCCAACAUUGAGUCUGAGAACUCUUACUUGACUCAGAGAGCUCACUUCUUCACAGAGAUCGAGGGGCUGGAUGACUACAUGGAGGUGAGGGAAGGCAUGCAGCUUAAAAAUGUGGAUUUUAAAGAGCUUAUGAUGGCCUACGGAGACCCAGAUCACCUCCCGUGGUAUGUGUCCCACUAUGCUUUCUGGGUGGCAGCUAUCCUGAUGAUCUCGUGGCCGCUCAGGGUACUCAUAGAGUAUCGGACUGCUUAUGUCCACUACCAUGUGGAGAAGCUGCUGGGCCUGGAGUAUACAGCGCCCAGUGCGGCAGAGGAGCCCUUGUACCGGUACCGCAUGCCCCGAGACACCACGCAGGACAGCACCGAGCUGGAGUGGCACAUCUGCACCAACCGGCAGCUGAUCCCUAGCUACUCGGAGGCCAUGCUCAUGGACCUGGCCAACUCCCCGACCUACAACAGCUGCACAGUGCGUCGGUAUGGCGAGGCAGCCCAUGGCUGUGAACGCUGCAACCAUGCCUCCAGCACCUCCUCCAUCUUCUCACGCCACGCUUUCCACAGCUGCAGCGGCAACUCCCGUCUCUCCCUCAACACCAGCCGCUUCUCCCUCUGCCGCAUUCAUGGCUCCCACAGGACAGGCCUUUGGAGGAGCCGCAGCAGCAGCAUUGCAGAGCGGGGCUGUCAGGAUGAGCAGUGCUGCUCCUACUCUAGCCAGCUGGCUGUCAACGAAAGCCCCCCAACCUACCAUGAUGCCCGGUUCUUCCCCGUCCUGAUUGUGCACAGGCCGGAGGGGCACGAUGGACGGCAUUUCUAUGUCAGGCGUUCCUCCUGUCUAGAAACCUCUCUGUGACAGGUCUCCAUGGUUACUUGGCUUCUCUGCCCCGUGACAUGGAUUGCGGAGGUGCCACCAGUGGGGAGCCUACAAGCAUCAGUCUCCACAGCAGGUCAGCAGGAUGAGGUUCAGCUCUUCCCCCUGCCAUUGCAAGAGGACAUAUUCACUCUGACCAACAGAUAACCUCAUUUCCAAGAGCUUCUCCCCCUCUGGCUGGUCUCCCUAAUCUUUUCUUUUGUUCCCCAUUCCUCUCACUUUUUCACUCCUCACCUUUUCUCUGCUCCUCGAUUUCCUGCAUCUCCCCCCAUCCCACCCACAGUCUUUUUUUAGGUUUCAGUCACAUUUAACUGCUGUGGCUGCUGGAAGAUUUUUAAAGCCUGUGCUUUGCCAGUACAUUUGCCCUCUUGGAUGCUUUGCAAGGUAAGAAACUCAGAUAGAGCAAGACGCAAGGCACGUAGCCAGCCAGAGUCAACUCAGAAGGAGAAUUCAGAUCUGCAGGUGCUGAGUCACCUCCUGCAAACCCCAAAUGAAGUGCUUUUUUUAUUAUUUUAUUUUCCCCAAACUUUUUUCCUCUGCUUCUGCCAUUCCUUCUCUCCUUUCUUCAUGUUCUCCUCCUCUUGCUUUACCUUCAUCUUCCAUUUUUUUUCAGUUCUCUUAUUUCUGCUUUCCAGUUUUUCUGGGGUUUUGCCAGUGAGGAUAUCUUUAAGGGCGUGACUGGACAAAAGUAAGGUUGUCACAGCAUAAAUGUCACUGACUGCUUACACAGCCACAAAUUAUUAGGCUCCUGAGAAGUGCUGAGGACUUUCUUCCAGGAGCAGUGACAUACACCAAUAAAGCAAAAUGCCCUUUGCUCACCUUGCCCUGCCUGGUCUGCAGCAGAGACGCUGCUGUGUUUCCACCUAUAGUUACCCUUCUCCAGCUCCACCCUUGUUAGCAAUCGUUGAGAGCCAUAACGUAGAUCAGUGCCCUGUUAAUGCCACUAUUUUUAGGACUGUAGGUCUGUGGUUAUUUCAUUCCUACCACCUGCUCAGUGCAGUGCAGGCUUGACGAGGGAAGAGGGACUGGAGAGGGAAAGGUAAAUAUGGUAUUAACCCUCCCACAGAGAGUCUGGAGCUUUUAGGAAGCUCUUCCACCCACAGUGUCUAUUACACCAGUUGUCGGACUGCUCUACGUUAUCUUUCAGUUUUCUGUGUGCCCUGGGGAGGGCUUUUGGCCCACAGCCCACUGCCACCUUCCCAGGCAAGAUGCAGUGACACCCCAGCCCCAGGCAGGGAGCACAGCUGGGAGCCAGCCCCACUGGCCACUCCUGCUUGGACCUCCAGGCUCUUCCCACAAGGCUUCCCCUGGAGCAGGUGUAGCACCUUCCAGAAUUAGUCCCAGCCAUUCCAAAUCCAGAAGGUGUCUGGCCCUGACAGAGCACACACUGCACUCUGGGCUGUGGGAUGCCCUCCAGACCUGGCCAGAGACCCUCCAAGAGCCAGAGAUUGAUCCAAGAAACUUGUGGCCACUCUGAGGACCCACCAGGGACCUCCCACCUGCCAAACCUCCGUCCCAUGAGGGAUGGUCAUGUGCUGAGCAAGCUCCACACCAUUUUGUCAUGUGGCUGGUGGAGAUUAUUGUCCACUCUGACUCACGGGAGAAUGCAAUACAAUUGCAAUAUGGUCCCUGUCAAAAACAAAGUGAUGUGUCACCCUACCUUACAAGUAGGUAAGAAACUGAGUCCCCAGAGGGACUGGCAACAAGUGCUUCCUCCCAAGUCCAUUCUGUGUGUAUCAACAUGUGAUAUGAGAUCUGGAAAGUCAUAUUAGUGUGUGUAGAUUAUAUGUAAGUCUGCAUACUUAUGGCAUUGACUGUUGCACCAUGAUAAAUACAUUUUGUUUUGGUUUGAUGA